GAAUUGCGCCCAUGCGAUUUCUUUGUAUGCAAUUGUUAGAUUCACACAAAGCACUUCGGCUAAUUAUGGGGAAUCUGAAAGCAUUUAUUUUGGCUUAUAUUUUUGCCGUGGUUUGCUUUGCAGAAAGCAGUGCAGAUGGCGUGAACAAUGACGUCUUGGUUUUGCAACGACUUUCAACGCUGGAAAGGGAGCUACAUGAAACGAGAAAGGAGCUACGUGAGUCCAGAAUUGAUCACGCAAAAUCGACCGAAUUGCUGACAAGGGAAAUUCUUGAUUCUAGAUUCGAGCACGAAAGUACUACAAAAAAGCUGGUAAACGAGCUGAGCGAUACCAGAGCAGAGCUCAAUGCUUUGGAAACACAUGUUCAGUGAAAUGGCGUCUACAAAUAAUGAGUUCAAUGAAUCGAGCAGUGACCACAAAAUGCCGAAUGCUGUACUUGCACGAGCCUCGAGGCAAACUGGAGCCUACGCCGCAUUCACGGCAUAUUUGGAUCAUACUGUCCAACACCUGGGCAUCGGUCAGACGAUUAUAUUUAACCGGAUCCAUUUGAACAUGGGCAACGCAUACAACCAAUUCACGGGUAUUUUCACAUGCCCAGUCGACGGAAUGUACGUGUUCAGCUUCUUCAUCUGCAACACUCACACGCUCCAAGUGGUCGCUGAAUUGUUAAUGGAUAACACAAAGAUCCUCCAUGCAAUAGCUGAUGCCGAAGGCCAAACCUCUGGCUUUGCUGAGGUCCAAGGGGGGAACCUCGCUGUCGUAUAUUGUGGUCAAGGUUCCGGUGUCCGGGUGACCAAUGUGCGAUGGGCCGGCGGCCAAGUGUUAGGCGACGAUGCCACUUCCCGCUUUUCUUCAUUUUCUGGUUUUCUCCUUCGUUAAUAAAGCGAAUUGUCGACUG